AUGGCGACGCAGACCUCCACGACCACAGCUUACCAGCUGGAACAGCUCCCCAAAGGCUCGGCAGAUCGUGCCGGCGGUACAACCCUGCGCCAGGCUCGUUCGGCGCACCAUGAAGUCGACCCCUCCGACUCCGAUCUCGACCCCGUUCUCGAAGCCUCUCGCAUCGCUGACAGCACAGUACCGGAUGGCGGGAAGCGGGGGCUAGCCAAUGGAAUCGUCUAUGCUGGUGGCGGCUUCGGGGCCGCCGUGCUGAGCAUCGCAACCAACGCCAUGAUUGAACGGUAUGGUGUUGAGUGGGCGUUCCGAAUCAUUGGCAUUGUAUGUUUCUCAACGGGAUUCCCGGCGGCAUACAUGAUCAAGGAGCGCAUUCCCAUCCAGACCUCUGGCUUCAUUGACUGGAAGCUUUUCCGACAGGGAAGCUUUAACAUCAUUUUCGUCGCUGGCGCAAUUGGUGUCUUCCCACUCCUCGUUCCGCCUUUCUUUAUCCCGUUGUACGCACGCUCAAUGGGAUUAAGCACGAGCACCGGAGCAGCCUUGCUGGCCGGCUACAACUUUUCGUCAGCAAUUGGCCGGAUUAUUAGCGGUCACUUAUGUGAUAUUCUGGGUCCCUUGAAUACCCUGUUCGCCUUCCUCGCCAUCAACUCCCUGACCAUGAUUGCGCUCUGGCCAGCCUCAACGACGCUUGCUCCGUUGGCUGUAUUUGCCGUCAUGAAUGGUUUGACAAACGGCGGGUUUUUCGCGUCAAUGCCAACGUGCAUUGGCAACAUCUUCGGUUCGGCCCGUGUGUCGACUGCCAUGGGCAUGAUCGUCACGGGGUGGGUCGGAGGCUAUCUUUUUGGUUCUCCCAUUGCAGGGUACCUGCUCGACGCGUAUGGCGGCGCAGACGAGGGCUUGAAGGCGUACCGCCCUGCUAUGUUCUAUGCCGGAUCAGUGUCGUUGGUGGCCACAAGUUUGAUCCUGUUGAUGCGACUACGUAUCAACAAGAAGCCGUGGGCCAAGCGUCAAUGUCGGAGCAAGAUUGCCAACCUCAGCCCGAGCAAGGGCUCGUCGCACGCCACCGGGGGACCCGCGUGGCUGAUGCUCUACAGGGCUCCAUGCGUGGCCUGA